AUGGAUCCUUGCACGUCUAGCGAUUAUGAUAAUUUAUUGAAUGGAGAAACUGAACCUGUAUUUGAAGAAUGGAAUAAUGAAUCGUCUAUCAAAAAUGUAAGCCUCUUUGUUUUUAUUCAUAAAUAAAUAAAUGUAAGUUUUCAGAACGAUGAAAGCGAUGCAAUCACGCCUAAAAAAAGAGGAAAUUUUCGACCCAAAACAAUUGAAACUUGCGAAGUUUGUGGUAUUGUAUUGAAAUAUCCUUCAAGAAUAAAAGUACGUUUUUAUUAUAUUAUGUGGGUAAAAUUAAAUUUAUAGGAGCAUAUGCGCACUCACACCGGAGAAAAACCUUUUGGUUGUGAUAUUUGCGGUAAAAGGUUCUCUCAAAAAACUCCAAUGAUCAACCAUUUUCGUGAACAUAUGGGAGAUUUACCGUUUGUCUGUAGUUUUGGUUGUGGAAAACGAUUUGUGAAUAAUGCAAGAAAAAAUGCACAUGAAUUACGACAUUUGGGAAUGGUAAGUAAACAAGUUAUGCUAAUUAAUAAUCGAAUCAAAAUAAACAGACGAGAUCUGGUCCACCUCGACCUCAUUUAAAACCACCAAGAAGAGUUGUAUGUCCGCCAUUGGUAACAGAUCAAUCAAGAAAUGAAAAUUUAUCGAAUUCAGCCGUCGCCAAUUUUGUGGAAGCAAAUUUAAAGUAAUGUGUAUUAAAGAUUUUUUAGUCUAAUUAAAUCGUAAACAUUGAAGAUCUGAAUCGAAACCAUCUGGAAUAAAUCCUGAAAAUGUUUCUCAAUUCGACGAAGAAGAAGAAGCAGCUCAACAGCCAACAGUUAAUCAACCACCAAGUGAAGAAGUUCAGAGAAGGUAAUAUUUGAAUAAUAACAUUUCAAAACAUUCUUAUUUAUUUCUUUUCAGAAUUGAUGAAGUUAUCGAAACAGUUCUUGCGAAAUGCCUUGCUCCUCCAAUUGAAAAUAAUGAAGAAUCUCAUCUGGAAAUGAAGAGUAGCGAAACUACUGUUCCAAAACGAAUAUACACAUCAAGUAGAUCUGUAACAGUUGCACAAUGUACAAUUUGUGGACUCAUGUUGAAACAUCCAAGUAAAAUUGCUGCACAUGUAAGAACUCAUACGGGAGAAAAACCAUAUCAAUGUGGAGAAUGUGGAUUAUCGUUGACGAAAGCGUCAUCACUUAUGGUUCAUAUCAGGAGAAAACAUACGAGUUGGUUUUUUUUUGAAUAACUUUCUUGCCACUUUUUCGUGAUUUUUAACGGAUUCAAAUAAUUACUGUAAUUUUAGAUUAUCGUCCAUAUGGUUGUGAUUGGGAAUGUGGAAUGUAUUUCGUAUCAGAAGCUUGUAAACGCGAACACGAAAAAACUGUACAUUCGGGAAUAAAAAGAUAUGAAUGUUUGAUUGAAGGAUGUUCAAAUACAUUUUCACGAAGAUCUGGUUUAAUGAGACAUCGAAAAUCAUAUCAUCCUGAAAUAUUUACUGAAUUAUUUGAUGAUGUGCGAGUUUCGACUGAAGAAGCUGCUGAUAUUGCAAAUCAAACUGUUAUUGAAGAAGUUAUAAAUGGAGAUGAAGUUCUUAUGUUUGAUAGCAAAGUUUGUGUUUUUUUCUUUUAUUCUUUCAAAAUUGAAUAUUCACAUUUUCAACUAUUUCAGGAACAUAUGAUGUUGAUAAAUGAAGCAAUGGAUGAAGAAACAUUUGCACAACAUAUUAUUGAUAAUACUGGUUGA